AUGUCACUAGAACAAAAGUUUCAUGAUUUUAUUGCAUCUCUUUUCCAGGAGCCUGGAACAUGGACCCCAUCCAAGGCCUUCGACCAAGGCCUGGAUCCAGCCAGAGACCCGUGUCUCAAGAUCAAGUGCAGCCGCCACAAGGUGUGUGUGGCCGAGGCUUACAAGACGGCCUCUUGUGUGAGCCAGAGGAGAGUCAGUUUCAAAGAUGCCGGUCUGUCCCAGAGUCCAGGGUCAAAGUGUACGCCCUGCCCUGUUGUGCAGCCGUCACCUGUGUGUGGGACGGACGGCCACUCCUACUCCACCAAGUGUGAGUACCAGGCCUGCAUCACGGGGAAGAAGAUCGCUGUGAAGUGCUCCGGCAUGUGUCCUUGCCCCAGCCCCGCCCACCCCGAGCAGAGCUCUGCAGAGAGGAAAGUGUGCGGCGCGGCGGACCUGAAGGCGGUGGUGAGCCGGCUGAGGGACUGGUUCAGGGUGCUGCGUGAGAACGGGAACCACAGGAGGCUCAAGAUCCAGAAGCCGGAGAGGAGCAAGUUGGAGGUGGGUCGUCUCUCCUCCUGUAAGACCCCCUGGGGUGGAUGUUCUCCGGCUGGACACGACUUUGACCUCCAGCUGGACCAAUCAGACCAGGGCCUCUACCUGGAGCGCAACGAGCCGUGCGGCCACGCCCUCCUCAGGUCCUGCGACGCCCACGCAGACAACGUGAUCUCCAGCUCCGAGUGGUGCUCCUGCUUCCAGAGGUUCACAGAUUCUCCUUGUCAAGCAGAACGAAACGAAAUCAACAAAAAGCAACCGGGGAAGAAACUGCUGGGUCAGGACCCGCCCUCCUGUGGUGAGGGCGGGUACUUCAGGGCUCAUCAGUGCCACAGCAGCAGCGGUCAGUGCUGGUGUGUGGAUCGCUACGGCAACGAGGCGGCCGGCUCCCGGACCCACGGCCCGGCGGCCUGCGGCGUGGUUCUGGAGUCUUCCGGAGACCUCGGCAGCGGAGACUCGCUGCUCCCCGACGACGACGAAGACGACGACGAAGAUUCCUUUGUUCUCAACGACCGGGCGGCACGGGAGACGGAAGCCGAAGACGAGGACUACGAAGACGACGACGACGACAACGACGAGUACCUGUCGUAGUUUUUAUUGUUUGUUUGUUUUAAAUGAAAAGAAAAAAGAGAAACCUGUGUCUGCACGUUGCUAGGCAGAUUACCCGUACUAACAGCCUAUGGACCUCUCUGUGUAUUGUUUAUUCAUAAGUAUAACACAACAAAAUGAUCCUGGCAAACGUUUGUGACCGUCGUCCUCUCUGCGUGUGAAAUGUGGAGGGCAGGACCAGGACCAAUGCAGCGCUCCGGCUGUGGUCACGUGACCUCCUGAUGCUCAAGAGACUCCCCUCCUUCGUCCCUCCUCUUCCUCCCUUUCUCCUCCCAUCAGAAGUCCCCGUGUACCGGCGGUGUAGAUAGAAGAGAAUAUUGAAUCUUUCAUUCUUUAGGUUUCUUUUGAUCUUGAUUUGUGAUCAGAGCCGCGAGACAGAGGAAUGUUGUUGUUGUUGUUGUUGUUGUUUAUUGUUGUCCAGCAUUGGAUGAGCGUCUGAUCCGGAGGCUGAACCACGACAGAGCUCCAGAACAACAACAAUAAAGACAAACAGGUCGACUUUCAUGCGUCAGCGAGCUAAAAGGAA